AAGAUCUGACCUGCAAAUUUGGUAACCUGACCAUGAAUCUCGGGGACGAGCUUAAUCAAGCACAUUUCAUCUCCACUUCUCCAACCACAUCAAAAGUUCGUAUAAAAGAUGCAGGUGCAGUUCUGUGCGCUUCAAUGUGAACAUCAGCCAGAUCAUGGACGCACAUGGCAGAACUUUCCUCCUUCUCCAAGUAUUUUUCUGUUUCGUUGUCUUUGCUUCGACUGGGGAGAACAAGCAGGAUUGUUCUCAGGUGCAGUGCCCAGGACCACUGAUGUAUUACGAGGAUGUCGGAUGUACUCCUCUGUACAAGAACGAAGGAGAUUAUUGUGCCUACAAAUACAAUUGUGACCAUUUAAAUGCUAGAUCAAAAAAUAAGUGUUACAUUAAGCGUAACAGCUAUGAAUUUGGAGAACGUCUCAGAGCCCAAGAUAAGGAUCCUUGCAACGUAGGAUGUUUCUGCACAAACGAAACAAAUUCAGGACGUUUCGUAUGCGCAGUCGUCGACUGUUUUAACGGUCCUAUCGACACAGGUUGUUACAUGAAACGUAACUUAAGUCAAUGUUGUCCAGGGCCGUUAACUUGUCCUAAAAAUGAAUCGGAGAUUCCAAAGUGCGUUGUGGAUGGUGUAACGUACAAGGAUGGAGAAUUCUUCACACCAAAGAAUGAGCCAUGGAAGAGGUGCACGUGUCAGGAAGGCUAUACAGGUCGAAAUAUUGAGCCAUUCUGCAUAAUGCCGAGAACCACGUGUAGUACUGAUUUGUAUCAUAGUCAAGAUAUUGCCAAGAAAUGUAUUCCAAUAUAUUAUGCUGAUCAAAAUCCUGCUACCAGUUGUAGUCGAGCUUGGCGAUGUCAAAACGCGAACGAUACUGUAAUACCGAAUCCAAGUGGAUCCCCAUCCUCUGGAGAAGACUGUCCCGGCAAAAAAAGAUAUGACCUGCAAUUUCGGCAACCUGACCAUGAAUCUCGGGGACGAGAUUAAUCAAGGUACAGAUUAUACUUCGGUCUGCGUGAGAUGCGUCUGCGAAGUACCACCUACACCAACGUGUCGACGCCUUAGUGACUGCAACCUUGCUACUGGUAGAAAUUAACUCUUAAAAUAUAUAUAUUAGUAGGGAAGAACUUAAGGUAGACUUGUCAAUCACACAUUACUGAGCUACUAAUAUUAAUAUUUAUUAUACACCAAUGAUCGUAUUCGUAAUAGUGUGUACAAAAUUAGAGAAUAUCAAAACAUAAACAGGAAAGGAAUACCUAUACUUUCUAUUACUUCUUUUGAGUUUCUUAUACACAGUGCACUUCGCUUACCGUAAUAACUACUGGACAUUCUGCUAACUCCAUACAGUCUCAUCAGUUGUAUCAAUAAAAUCACAUACUUUGACCUGGAGUCUCCUUUUCUAGAAAAACUAUGUCUGGUUUUUAUCGAAGUUCCGAUUGUAGCAUUGUUCUCGCUUUUUCGAAGUGCUCAUUGGAUGUCGGUGUUCGUCAACAGUGAAUCGCUCAGUUCUAGCUGAAGUUUCUGUUUCGGAGAGAAUGCAGUUCAUGCCAUUGGUUUCACAGAUCGGGGUUGUGAUGAUUGCGGUUACGAUUGUGAUGAUGAUUUAAUAAAUAAAAAGUGUUCGAUUUGAGGAAUAUAAAAGAUUAUAUUAUUGAAUGAAAACGGUAAAGUAGGUUCAGUGAAAUAAAUAAGACGGAUGAUAUACAAGAGAGUAUGAGUUUUGUGGAAAGUAUAUGUGUGUCAGAUUUUUACCGGGUUUACGGACAUUAAUUUUCUGCUAAUAAAUUUUAAUAAAGUAAUUCAAUGAUCCUUUGGAUAAUGUCAGUAUACGUUAUUUGUGCUUGACGAUGAAGAGAUAACUUUUUAGAACUUUAUUUUGAUCAUUUUAGAGUGUUGAGUGCGAAGUGUUAAAGUUAGCAUAUGGAAUUUGGAAUAUAAUAUAUUUGGAGUAGUUUGAUGGAUAAAUUAGUUGUCGAAGACAUCAUGAUUAUCUAAUUUUGUAUUAUAAUUGUACAGUAGGAUAAUAAAUUUGUAUUCCAAGCGCUGCAGCGCAAACGGACCUCCAA